AUGGCUUCCGACGACGAGCGUGCAGGCGAUUCGCCCCGUGGUAAGCGUCGCAAGACCCAUGGCGAUUCAUCUCCCCCUUACGCGCCUCGACGCGACGGCGAGGACGACGAUGCGAGCCGUUCGCCUUCUGCGCACCAGGGGAUGCGAAAGCUCUCGAUCCGUGAGCAUCGCCGAAAUAGCAGGACUAUGAGUCCAAGUCCCGGCGAUGAUGGCGCCGAUCGAAAAUACUAUGAUGAGCAGAGCCGUCGCACCUCGCGCUCAAGAUCACGGUCAAGAUCGCGGUCCAGGUCGACCACUCGCUCCGACUCUCGCCUGCGCUCGCGCCUUUCCUCGCCUUCAGUCUCCCGAUCACGAUCACCCCGCUCCUCACGCUCUCGCUCUCGAUCUCAAUCAUCAUCCACACGCUCCCGAACAGACUCGCUCUCACCGCGAGCUCCGCAGCCGACUCCUCCUCCCGAACCCUUCAAGCCCAACUACCGCGCCCGCCUCGUCCUCCACGGCCACACCAAGCCCAUCUCGCAGGUCCGGAUAUCCCCCAACGGGCGCUUCAUCGCUUCUGCAUCUGCAGAUGCCACCGUAAAGAUCUGGGAUGCUGCGACGGGCGCGCAUAUGGAUACACUGUUUGGCCACAUGGCCGGUGUGAGCUGUCUCGCAUGGACACCUGAUAGCAACACCAUUGCAAGCGGCUCAGACGACAAGGCCAUUCGCCUUUGGGAUCGUGUUACAGGUCGGCCGAAGACUACUGCGCGAAAGACGGAAGCUGGCCAGGAGAUGGCGCCUCUGAAGGGUCACCACAAUUAUAUCCACUGUCUGGCUUUCUCGCCAAAGGGCAACAUUCUUGCCAGCGGGUCCUACGAUGAGGCCGUCUUUUUAUGGGACGUGAGAGCUGGUAGGCUCAUGCGUAGUUUGCCUGCGCAUAGUGAUCCUGUUAGUGGGAUUGACUUUUGUUGCGACGGAACGCUGGUCGUGAGUUGCUCAACAGACGGUUUGAUUCGUGUUUGGGAUACAUCAACAGGCCAAUGUCUCCGUACACUUGUUCACGAAGACAACCCAGCCGUAACCAACGUCUGCUUCUCCCCCAAUGGCCGCUUCGUCCUGGCUUUUAACCUCGACAACUGCAUUCGCCUAUGGGACUAUGUCGCCGGUAGCGUCAAGAAGACGUACCAAGGCCACCUUAAUGAAAAGUUUGCCGUUGGUGGCUGUUUUGGUGUCUUAGACGGCGCCCCUUUCAUCGCCUCUGCUAGUGAGGACGGGAGCAUCGUGCUCUGGGACGUCGUGUCCAAGAAUGUUUUGCAGAGGGUUGAGGGCCACGCGGGCGUGUGCUUUUGGGUGGAUGUUCAUGAAGAGACAAUGGUCAGCGGGGGCCAGGAUAACACAGUCAGGGUAUAUCGACACAUCAGAGAUGCUCCUGUGACCAAUGGGACAACAGUCAAAGAGGACCAAAGCUCAAGGGACGAGCUGUCGAUGAAGCAAGAAGAUGUCGACAUGGCCGAGGCUUAG